GUACAAAGCCCUUGCUCUAGUCUCCGUCUUGUCUUGUUUCUUCAUGUAUGUUUCUGUGCGACAUAAUGUUCUGGCUUGUGUCAAACAUUGCCUCCCAGUUCUGAGGAGAUUUGUGCGAGACAGAGUGAUCCGAUAAUGAACUAAGAAAUCAUUGAUCCUUCACAGGUGAACUAGCGUCCUAGGCUGACUGUGAUGGACGCUGUGUGAUCGGGAUUUGUGCUACAUCGUAUUCAUCAUGCAGAACGGGUGCGCGGCCGGUUUUGCAAGAAAUCUUCUUGUUCAAGAGUUCAAGCAAUGGAAGAGUGAAAAUGAAGGGUCGCUGUCACUUGUCGGCGACAGUAUCUGCGAUGACGGUAGAAUUUGCCUCAAGCUCAGCCUCGGUCGCGGUCGAGACAAACUCUUCAGCCUGUUCUGCCCCGCCGAAUAUCCUGAAUAUGAGGAUAACUUCUUUGCGGAAUCAGAGUCAGUCAACCACUUGUGGCUUAACGCUUUGAACGAAUUUAUUCUUGACUCUGACGUGGGCCUAACCCUUGAAGCUAUUUUGUGGAAAGCCAACUCCUUGGACUCGCGAGUACGGUAUAGUCCAUCAAACAGCUCAGAUGAUGAGGAUGAAAACGAGGAGUUCAUGGUUUUGGAAGAGGAAGAUGAAGAGGAUCUCAUGGAAAGGGCUCUUUGGGAUAAGGAGAAACAAUGGCGAGCCAAAGAAGCUAAAAUUCGUGCAUCCCUUAAAGAAGCCGAAGAUUCAGUAGGAGCUUCAACGUCCACUGGAUUGGGUCACAAAGAGCCAAAAACAAUGCAAGUUUUCAGCAAUUUUGCGGCGUCAGGAAUUUUAACCAAUGAUCUGAAGCACAUCAUUAAAACCGCGAGUGAAACAGGGAUUGAUGUUGAACCUAUUGACAGCAAUAUUUAUGAGUGGUCAGUCAGAUUCAGUAAAUUUGAUCCUAACAGCAAGUUACAACAAGAUCUCAACUUGCUCCAAGAAGCUCAUGGUAUUGGUUACAUAGAACUGCAACUUGAAUUUACCAUGGAUUUGUAUCCGUUUUACCCUCCUGUGGCCAAGAUGGUUCGACCUCGACCAGAGGGCUCUGUUCGUUUCAUGCUUGCCUGCCUUGACAUCCUGAAGCUCUCUUCAUGGAAUCCCACAUGUGGUAUGAUAACCGUUCUUGAGGAGAUCAAAGACUAUCUGGCUAAACAUGCUGUCCUCCAUGUAGAAACAGCAUUCCGAUCCAGCAUACUCCUGCCUAUAGAAAACAGCCUUUUGCAACUGGCUCUUGUCAGCGAAGUUAUGCCUCGUGAUGUCUCAGGUCUUUCCAACCGUACCCAACCCAAAACAUCAUUACAGUCUACAAAUAUUGCUUUUGGAACCAUCCAAAAAUCUGGCCCACCUAGCAUGUCAAGUUUGGCAUCUGGAUCAUCAGCCACUGCUGGACCCUCAGUUUCCAACACAUCUACAUCUGGCGGGUCGAGCACAUCCGCUUCUGGUACAUCUGGAACAACUGGUACAUCUAUGUCUUCAUCAGCCUCCACCUCGUCAACCUGCUCAAUAGUUUCAGAAUAUUCUAAAUGCUGCACCAGUGAUGACAGUGAAACUACAAAUCAACCUGUUGUUGUCACAGCCCCUUCCUCCAGUGCUGCUCCCCCAGAUGACUAUUCUUUGCUGAAAAGUAAAGUAAUGAGUGCCUUGAGAAAUAGCAAAAAACCCAAAUUUCCAGAUGGCACAGGCUAUAGUACUUAUAGUGAUAAAGGUUGGGACAUCAAUGCACAUAUUGCUGUUGAAAAAGAAAAGGACAAAAAAAUAGAAGCUGUAUUGCAUAAAAUUUGGAUAGAUUUGCAAGAAUACUUGGCACACUAUGAUAUUUUGGUUAAACCAACUGAUGAUCCUAUGGUGGAGUCCACCGAUAGUGCAGAUAUGAAUGAUGAAGCUAUGAUUUGUAAUGGACAACCCAGCCAACCAUCUCCUUCUAAAACAGUUCCAGAAUCAGCUUCUGUUGAUGAAGGUGGUGCGAAUAAUGGUCACUUUGUCCUGAGCAAACAAAAAUUGUAUUUACCCAAUCAAAGUGAUGCAUCUCGACAACUGUAUGAAGCCUUAGAAGCAUCUACCCUUAUUCCUUUCAUUGAACAGAAAUUACAAGUGGACUCUUUCCUGGAGAUCUGUAGACACAAAGCAGUGUACCGCUGUGUUAUAGAUAUUCUAUCUCAAAUUGCCGGAAGACUCUGGCUGGCAAGGCUGCUUUGGAAACAACCUGGCCAGAAAAAAUCUGUUUAUUCUCUUUUAUUGGCCAUUAAAGAUAAGGCACAGAAAGUUCUUGAUAGGUAUAAAAUAGCAGCUGAAUCUAGUCAUUCCAAAAAUGAGAAGAAGGGUAAGAAGCGUGCUAAUUCUGGCAGCAGAGAUAAAGAUAAAACAACAAGAAGAAGCAAAGUUGCUUCUGCGGCUGCUGCUAAUGUCGAAAUGGAAGAUUCAGAAGAUGAAGCUGGUCCUUCAGGAGCCAUUGGCAUCAAUGGCACUUUGGAUUUCUCAGAAUUGCAUGGUUUACAUGGCGACUUCUCCUUGGAGGAUUCUGAUGGGUCUGACGUUUUUUCAAAUCUUGAUGUCCACCCUAAUGGUUUCGCAUCAACGUUGGUUAAAAAAGGAGUGAUGACUAGGAGUUCUUGCAACCUUUCUUUAAAGGGAAAGAAAGUCUGCAAACACUCGCAUCAACAUGUUUAUUUUACUGGAUCAACUGGAGCAACUGGAGCAACUAGUGCAACUGGUGCAACUGGUGCAACUGCAGCUGGAAGCCCAGGGAAGGAUUCAUCUAGCACAAACAAGACAUCUCCAGGCACUUCAAGCUGUUCAAAGACCACUGCUUCUUCUUGUAAGGCUUCAGCCAGUGCCUCUAAAUCCCCUGGUGCUCCUUCCUCCAAAUCCCCUGCUAGUGCAUCCAAACCGUCCACUUCGAAAGGAGCCGGGAGCGCUUCUAAAUCAACUAAUCAGAAUAUGCCAUUGUGUGUGCUGUAUCAACCUGGACCUGGAUCAUCAAAGCCUGGUGCAAGUCCUCCUAAACCUUCUACUUCUAAAGCAACGGCUACCACAUCAAAGAGUGCUGGUUCCUCUACUAGUAUGGAGGGUAGUUCUGCUUCUGGACCAGUUGGGGUUGCUACUAUGAGUCCCUUUUAUAAGCUUAAAUGUGGACUGUUCCACAAUAAAGAAGCCAAAAAAAGCCACACAAGUGCAGUGGGAGAUAAUGGCUCAAAGGAUGACACGCAUAAUUCAGCUGGAAUAUCCGGAUUUCUAUCUCACAUUGGGAAUCUUUGGCCGAGUUCUUGGUCGUCUUUGAACCAUGAUUCAGAACCCCCACCAAUAGAUAUAACACCACUGGAUCCUGCUGGUGAUGAGCAACUUGCUCAAGAUUUCUUUGAUCUGGCCUUGAAGGUAGAGAAAGUUAUAGAACAACUAGGCCUUCCUGGCUGUGAUUCCCCAGAGCAUUCAGAUGAGCCUCUUGAAGCACGCCGUGUGUCUGUUAUAACAUCUACAUCAGAAGUUCUGAAUGAGGAACUUUCAACAAAAUAUAUAUCUGCUUUGCGGGAAAUGCAAUUUGACAGCUGUGAUAUUGAUGUGACAAACUCCUCUUCUCACACGUAUGCUUCAAUGUUCAAUUCGGCUUUGACACCUGGACGUGCACAAAUGAUGAGGAUUGCUCAGGAAUUAGCUUCCCUUUCAACCUCAUUGCCUUUAGAUCUUGCUUCAGCCAUAUUUGUGAGAUCGGACGAUGCUAAAAUUACUUUACUCAAGGCUCUUAUCAUUGGACCCGAAGGAACUCCUUAUGCCAGUGGUUGUUUCCUGUUCGACAUAUUUCUCCCUAGUAACUACCCCAAAACUCCACCUAAAGUUACUCUUAGGACCACUGGUAGAGGUUCUGUACGAUUUAACCCUAACCUUUACGCUAAUGGAAAGGUGUGUUUGUCACUUCUUGGAACUUGGAAUGGUUUGCAGGGAGAACAAUGGAAUGAAACGUCCACACUUCUGCAGGUGUUAGUAUCAAUUCAAAGCCUUAUAAUGGUAGCAGAACCAUACUUUAAUGAACCAGGAUAUGAUUCCUUGAUGGGUACAGCAGAUGGUAAAGCAUCAAGCGAUACCUACAAUCGUAAUGUAAAACUUCAAACUGUUCGACUUGCAAUGAUUGAAAUGCUGAAAUACCCUCCUGUUGAUUUUGAAGAGGUGGUCAAAACUCAUUUCAGAAUAAAACGUUGGCGAAUUAUACAGGAAAUUGAAGAUUAUAUGGUUCUUAAUCCAGGACAAUCAGCACUUUCUAAGUCAUUUAAAACUCUGAAAUCAGAACUCUUAAAGCUGAAGGACUGAACACAGUAUUUACAAGAUUGAUUUUAGAAUCACUUUUCAUUGAUAUCUGAUUAUAUUAAUUAAUCUUGGCCUUUAUUGUGGGAAAAAAAGUGUAACAUAUCCUGUAUUGCAAAUCUAGGUGUACUGUGCCUGUGGCUAUCAUCUAGUCAAGCACUGUUUUGUUCCCCUUUUGUAAAGUCUUCUCUGACAUAAUGAAUACUGUUUUAAUUGUUUGAAUUCUAUGGUUGUCACUGGUUUCCUUUGUUAAAAACUAAUUGAGAACUGUUUGUCUAUGUAAGCCACAUUUGUUCUGUGUAAAUAGUAAUUCCAACUCAAUUUUAAUGUGUAAAGAAAGAUGUUAUUGUUUUCCUUCUUCUAUUUACCAAUGUGUCGUUCAAAUUUAAGUUAAAAAUAAGGUUUAAAACAUUAACCCUAUUUGUAUUGAUACAGUGAAUGUUAAUGUUGACUUUGCUGUGUCGAGUAAGUUUCUCAAUUUUUAAUAAAAUUAAAGUAUAAAUGUUAAUUUUUAAUUCUUGUGAUAAUAGGUGUGCUUAGCAUUCUAAUGAGUGCACAAUACCAAUUUCAUAUUUCCUGGUAAGUGAAAUAAAUUGUGGUAUGUAUAUCUAUUGCUGCUUGUUAUUUUGUAAGGGCAAAGUAGAAAUUGUGUAAUUUUCUUUAGUCAUUGAUUCAGAUAGAUUUGUGCAUUGUGCAAAAUCUGAUCUGCUGGAAAUUGUUUGUCUUUCCUAUUCCACUACUCGUUACGUUUUUACCUAAUUUUGUUCUGAAUGCCCAAUUUUGUUAUUUUGUGAUAUGUUGACUUGUUUCUAUAGGAAGGAUUGAUUGUGUCAUCCAAUGAAUGGCUCAAAUUGUGCUCUAAUCCUGAGUUGAGAAUGCUGUCAAAUGGUACUUUUAUGGAUGAGCACAUAGUCAUAGUCAAAUUUGCCUUGCUGUUUUUUGUUUGAUUUCUUUUAAAUUUUGAGAAGAGACAAAAGCCCCUCAUUUUGUUUAGAUGUUGGCUGUAAAUUUGUAUGUUCUUGUCUCUGAUAACAUUCUGUUAAAUAUUGUGAUGGUAAAAAUCGUGGUUUGAAUCAUAUUUUAACUUGAAGCAUUUGGGAUUUAUUGACAUUUUUGAAUGUGAGUGAUCAAUUCUUGUCAACAUUGUGUGUGAUGUGAUGUGUCUAGUGAUCUAAAGUUAAUCUCCAGAAAAUCUACAAAUUUAUCAUAUCCAUCUCAAGUUUCUUCUCCCUGGCCUAGUUCAAUUGUUCUGCAGGCGUAUGUAGUCUAACUUCUUACAAAGUUUAUGUUAAUUUUAAGUCAGUUUUAGUACUUUGAAUAUUUUGAAAAAACUUUGCAUUUUGUUGUAUGUGACAUCUUAAGUACUUCUCAGACAUUUUCCUGGUAAUCUAGUAUGACUUCCUUGUGCCCUGAACUGUUAUAUUUACACCAAAUGCCAAGUUGUUUCUCUUAGAAAAUAUUGGACUAAUUUGAAUGUUUUCCUACUGGAACAUAAUUUUGAAACAGUAAUUCCUCUGAUGUAAUUUGGUUUUAUUACGAGUAUGGAAUCUGUUCAGAUAUGUAGAGGUUGGGACUGAUGCAGAACUAUUAGAAGAAUUUAUCUCAUUAUUUUGCUAGAUGCAGUAGCAAAUUAAUUCUGUUGAUUGAAGCGUAAAAUGUGACCCCAUGUAAGCUUCCAAUAAUUUUAGUUGACUUUUCAGGUGCAUAACUUUGUCCUGUGCUCUCUGUAAUACAUUUAUUAAUGCUAAGUGAUAAAUGUUCUUAGUCUUGUCAGUGUUAUCUCUUAUUCUUCUGUGUGGUACAUUGGGUUACCUUAGUUCUAGACAUUGCCAUAUCUUAUUGCAUGAGGACAUAUAUAAAUCUUUUAUUUGCAUACGAGUUUGAGAGAAAGUAUACGGAUUUAAAAUUGAUAAAAAAUACCUGUGUAUUGACAUCAAGCCAUGUGCGUAAUAUAUGGCAAAGUUAUAUUGUAUUGCUGGUGGAAAUUUGUUUACAUUUUUGUGAUUCAGUGUGCGGUUCUAAUUCACCAAAUUAUAUUGAGUUACAGAUUGUUUUUCUCCAUUCAAUAUUUUGAGUAUGUCUUGUGCUUGGAUGGGGCACUACCUAACACCUGUGUGUUUUAUGUGCACCUGUGGGAAAUUUUCAUCAGCAAUUGAGUUGUUUUCUUUUCCAAACACUUUUUAUUUGUUUUGUUCCUUAGUUCUUUUUCUUUCUUACCAAUAACUUGAUGUGGUUCUUACGAACUUCAUCAUUUUGAUUUGUUUGCGAUGCAAUCUCAAAUCUGGAAAAUAGUGGAGUGGACCUAUUUUAUAAAACGGCCAUCUUUACCAUGUCAUUGAUGUUCAUUAAAGUAAUGUGCUGCAAAUAAGA